AUGUUGGAAACAAUUGAUACACAUCGGGCCCUCCAGGCCAUGGAGCGCUUACAGGAAAAACUUCGGGAUCGAGGUGACGUUGCAAAUGAGGAGAAACUGAGCUUAUUAAAAUCAGUGCUGCAGAGUCCUCUCUUUAACCAGAUUCUCAGCCUUCAGACUUCUGUUCAGCAGCUGAGAGAUCAGGCAAAUAUUACACUUUCUGUACAUUCCACUGGUGAAUUACCACAACUUCUCCACCAUGGUAUGAAUACAGGACCCUUGCCACAUAAUGAGUCAUAUUUAUUGGCUCAGCAGAAUGGCAGCCCAGCUAAUGUGCUAGAAGCAUCGGUGAGAUCUGUUACUCCUCAGAUUAAUGGGAAAUCCUCUAGUGAUGACUUUGAGCAGCUGAUCAGAAAUAUGUCUCAGGGUCGUCUUGUUGAGACCAUUGAGCUUACUAAACCUUUAAGUGGUGGUCUGGGCUUCAGUGUUGUGGGACUCAAGAGUGAAAACAGGGGUGAAUUGGGAAUAUUUGUGCAAGAAAUCCAGGAGGGAAGUGUGGCACAUAGAGAUGGAAAGCUGAAGGAAGCAGAUCAAAUCCUUGCUAUUAACGGACAAGCCCUUGAUCAGACAAUUACACAUCAACAAGCUAUCAGCAUUUUACAGAAAGCAAAAGAUAAUGUCCAGCUAGUUGUGGCCAGGGGUGCUUUCCCUCAGCUCGUCAGUCCUGUAGUUUCCAGGUCUCCCUCUGCUGCUAGCACAGUUUCCGCCCAUUCCAACCCGGUUCACUGGCAGCAUGUGGAGACCAUUGAGUUGGUGAAUGAUGGCUCAGGUCUGGGAUUUGGGAUAGUGGGAGGAAAGUCAACUGGAGUCAUUGUUAAAACCAUACUCCCAGGAGGGGUGGCUGAUCAGCAUGGGAGAUUAUGCAGUGGAGACCACAUCUUGAAAAUUGGUGAUACAGACCUAGCUGGAAUGAGCAGUGAGCAGGUGGCACAAGUUCUGAGACAGUGUGGAAAUCGAGUGAAACUGGUAAUUGCAAGAGGUCCUAUUGAGGAGCCAUCUCCACCAGCAGUCCCUCCAUGUACACCAGUACCCAGCUCCAUGCUGGAGAAGCAGGCAGAUGUUUCUGUUGAUAGCUGUGAAGAUGGGGAGAAAUUUAAUGUUGAACUCACUAAAAACAACCAGGGAUUAGGAAUAACUAUUGCUGGUUACAUUGGAGACAAAUCAUCAGAACCUUCUGGUAUCUUUGUGAAAAGCAUUACAAAAGGCAGUGCUGUUGAACAUGAUGGCAGAAUUCACGUGGGAGAUCAAAUUAUAGUUGUGGAUGGAACAAAUCUUCAGGGUUUUACUAACCAGCAAGCAGUUGACGUAUUGCGGCACACAGGACAAACAGUUCGGCUCACUUUGAUCAGAAGAGGGCUUAAGCAGGAAAAUCAUAUUCAGCCCCAGGAGGACUUAAGUGCUGCUGUUGAAAAGGACUUACUGUUCCAAACAAUGGAUAGUAGCACAGCCAAAGAUAACAGUGAAACUGAACAGGGAUCCUCAUCCCUGCCAUGCAAUGCCAGUGUGGUAAAUACUGGAGAGGAUGUGAAACAACAGGAAAGAGAUUUCCAGCUAACUACAGAAGAAGCAGUUACAAAGGCAAAGUGGCAGAGGAUUAUGGGUUCAAAUUAUGAAAUAGUGGUGGCUGUAGUUAACAAAUAUAGUGAAAGCAGUGGACUGGGGAUAAGCCUUGAAGCUACAGUGGGACAUCAUUUCAUCAGAUCUGUCUUACCAGAGGGGCCAGUUGGACGAAGCGGCAAGCUGUUCAGUGGAGAUGAGCUGCUGGAAGUGAAUGAGAUAUCUUUGCUUGGAGAAAACCACAAGGAUGUUGUCAAUAUCUUGAAAGAAUUGCCUGUUAAGGUGACAAUGGUGUGCUGUCGUCCAGUAGCUUCCCCCAUCACUCACCCAGAAGUACUGGAGAAUCUAAGUCUAUCUGAGGUUCAGCUCACAGAAAAGGCUCACAUAGAUCUUGGAUUCAUUGGCUCCUCUGACACAGAGGGAACAGCUUUGGAAAUAGCUGACGAGGGUCAGAGAAUGGAGGAGGUGCAAAGCUCAUCUUUGGCGAUGUGGGAAGCAGAAGUCCAGCACAUUGAGCUUGAGAAAGGGAGUACAGGACUUGGAUUUAGCAUAUUGGACUACCAGGAUCCUGUUGAUCCAGCGAACACCGUAAUUGUAAUUCGUUCAUUAGUUCCUGGGGGAGUGGCUGAGCAAGAUGGCAGACUUCUUCCUGGAGAUCGGCUUAUGUUUGUCAAUGAUACAAACUUGGAAAAUGGCAGCUUGGAGGAAGCAGUACAAGCACUGAAAGGAGCUCCAACAGGAACAGUUAAAAUAGGAGUUGCCAAACCACUGCCUCUUUCACCAGAGGAGGGCUAUGUCUCUGCUAAGGAAGAAUGCUUUUUCUACGAUGCCCAGUCACUUGAGGAGGAGGGGCCAGCUGAUGCAGCCCUCUUCCAUGCUGAGCUGGCUCUGGUGGACUCCAGCGAGGCAGAUCUACCGGAUGAGUCCACCUUUGAAUCACAGUAUUCUCUAGAGAGUGACGUGUUCCAGGCUUCAAUGAUAGCUCUUCAUGGCAGUGCCUGUAGCGGGGAGCUGAACUACACCUUCUGUCUUCCAUUGUCAACUCCCAAGUCUGUUGGAGAGGAAUGUUCAAAUGCUGCAGCCAGUUUCCAUGUGUCUGACAAGAAUCUGUACAGCAUGGAUCUGAACCAGAGAGAGGAAAAGCCUGUAGCAGGGAAUAGCCUGGAGACUGCCACUGGUUUUACUAAAAAGGAUCUUCUGCCUCUGGAUGUUUCGGAUACCAACCAAAAUGAAAGUGAAAACACAGCAACAUGGACUGGAUCUCAGAAAACAUCAGAAAUUGCACUAAGUACAGGCCUUGCUACUACCAUGCAGCUUGAUCCCACUGGCAAAGAUCAAGUGCUUUUGGUGGAAAAGAGAUGCCCUGUAGCUUUGGAGGGAAUUUCCACAAUGCCAAAUUCAGUCAAAAAUGUUUAUGAGAAGACUAUCACUAUUGCAAAAGGCAAUUCAAGUUUAGGGAUGACGGUAAGUUCCAAUAAAAAUGUCUCAGGAAUGAUAGUCCGCAGCAUCAUCCAUGGAGGCUCAAUAAGUCGUGAUGGACGGAUUGGUGUAGGGGACUGCAUCCUGUCCAUUAAUGAAGAGUCAACCACUGACAUAACCAAUGCACAAGCCCGGGCUAUGCUAAGGAGGCAUUCGCUCAUUGGACCAGAUAUAAAUAUUACAUAUGUGCCAGCAGAAAAUUUGGACGAGUACAGGGCCAGUUUGGGACAACAAACAGAGGGAACUGUGCCACUUGAGCUUUUGUCUUCACAUACUGUUAGGGAACUCCCAGAGCUUCCAGAACGUGAAGAGGGGGAGGGAGAAGAAAGUGAACUUCAAAAUGCAGCUUUCAGUAACUGGAACCAACCCAGAAAGGUUGAACUCUGGAGAGAGCCUAGCAAGUCACUGGGAAUCAGCAUUGUUGGAGGACGAGGGAUGGGGAGCCGCCUGAGUAAUGGAGAAAUGAUGAGAGGGAUAUUUAUCAAGCACAUCCUGGAAGACAGCCCAGCCGGCAAAAAUGGGACGCUAAAAACCGGAGAUCGGAUCGUGGAGGUGGAUGGAAUUGAUCUCAGAGAUGCCAGCCAUGAACAAGCUGUGGAAGCCAUACGGAAGGCAGGCAAUCCUGUAGUCUUUAUGGUACAGAGCAUUAUAAGCAAACCAAGGGUAUUUGGUCAGUCUGAUUUAGAACCAGAGAAGACUUCACUGUGUAACUUGCCUGUGCCUUCACCUUCAGCAUUUUCAGGAAUGAGCUGUGAUGUUGCACAAUCGUCUUCUAGCAGAGUCCCAGAGGAAAGGGAAAUGGAGGAUGAGUUCGGUUACAGCUGGAAAAAGAUUGUGCAGCGCUAUGGAAGUCUUCCCGGGGAGCUACACAUGAUUGAACUGGAAAAAGGAAGAACAGGUCUGGGACUUAGUCUUGCUGGUAACAAAGACCGAUCCAGGAUGAGUGUCUUUGUAGUGGGAAUUGAUCCAAAUGGAGCAGCUGGAAAAGAUGGCAGGUUACAGAUUGCAGAUGAGUUACUAGAGAUAAAUGGACAAAUACUCUAUGGAAGGACUCAUCAGAAUGCUUCCUCAAUAAUCAAAUGUGCACCAUCUAAAGUAAAAAUAAUCUUUAUCAGAAAUAAAGAUGCAGUAAAUCAGAUGGCUGUUUGCCCUGCAAAGUCAGUAGAGGCUUCACAGUGUACCUCAGGGACUCUUCCAGAGAUUGAUAUCACUGCUGCAAACUCCAGUGCUUGUUCUGACUUCAGUUCCUGUAAAAACAUUCAGUACGUGGAACUCCCUAAGGAUCAAGGAGGCUUUGGAAUUGCCAUUAGUGAGGAAGACACAAUUCAUGGAGUAGUUAUUAAGAGUUUAACAGAUCAUGGUGCAGCAGCAAAGGAUGGACGAAUCAAAGUUGGAGAUCGGAUCCUGGCAGUGGAUGAUGAAAUUGUUGUGGGAUAUCCAGUAGAAAAGUUUAUUAAUCUGCUGAAGACAUCCAAAACUAUGGUGAGGCUUAAAAUCAACUCAGUGGAGACAGAUAGCCUGACUGCGGCACCAGUUCCUCUCAGUACUGCCCCAGCAGAGAGGAGGAGUAUGCAGCCACCAGCAUGUCUUCCCUCUUCCAGCUCACCAGAACCAGAAACUGUGAAAAACACAAGCAGAUCAUCAACUCCAGCCACAUUAGUCUCUGACCCAGCUACUUGUCCCAUCAUUCCUGGAUGUGAAACAACCAUCGAUAUCUCCAAAGGGCGGACUGGUCUUGGUCUGAGCAUUGUUGGAGGAGCAGACACUUUGCUGGGAGCAAUUAUAAUCCAUGAAGUGUAUGAAGAAGGAGCAGCAUCUAAAGAUGGGAGACUGUGGGCUGGGGAUCAGAUAUUAGAGGUGAACGGAAUUGACCUCAGGAAUGCCACACAUGAUGAAGCAAUAAAUGUCCUCCGACAGACUCCCCAAAAAGUUCGUCUGACUGUAUACAGAGACGAGGCCCAAUACAAGGAGGAAGACAUGUAUGAUGUACUCAAUAUAGAGCUCCAAAAGAAGCCUGGCAAAGGUCUUGGGCUGAGUAUUGUUGGGAAGAGAAAUGAUACAGGGGUGUUUGUGUCAGACAUCGUCAAAGGAGGAAUAGCAGAUGCAGAUGGAAGAUUGAUGCAAGGAGACCAGAUACUGACAGUGAAUGGAGAAGAUGUUCGAAAUGCUAACCAGGAGGCUGUUGCAGCUCUGCUAAAGUGUUCUCUAGGUAUGGUAAGACUAGAGGUCGGAAGAAUAAAAGCUGGUCCAUUUCACUCUGAGAGGAGAACAUCCCAGAGCAGCCAGGUCAGUGAAGGAAGCAGCAGUCUCUCAUCCUUCACUUUCCCGGUUUCUGGGUCCAGCGCACCUGAAGUCUCUGAAAGUGGUCUAAAGAAGAAUGCCACAGCUUCUGAAAUACAGGGACUAAGAACAGUUGAAAUAAAAAAGGGCCCUACAGAUUCACUAGGAGUGAGCAUUGCUGGAGGUGUAGGAAGUCCUCUUGGGGAUGUUUCUAUAUUUAUUGCCAUGAUGCACCCGAAUGGAGUUGCAGCUCAGACUCAAAAACUCAGAGUUGGGGACAGGAUUGUUAGCAUCUGUGGAACAUCUACGGAGGGCAUGACUCACUCCCAAGCUGUUAGUCUCUUAAAGAAUGCUUCAGGCACUAUUGAGUUGCAGGUUGUAGCUGGAGGAGAAGUGAGUGUCGUAACUGGUCAUCAGCAGGAUCCACCGACGUCCAGUCUUUCCUUUGCAGGACUAACUUCAACCAGCAUUUUUCAGGAUGAGUUAGGACCUCCUCAGUACAAGACUAUUACUCUGGAUAGAGGACCAGAUGGCCUAGGCUUUAGUAUUGUGGGUGGUUAUGGCAGUCCCCAUGGAGACUUACCUAUUUAUGUGAAGACGGUGUUUGCAAAGGGUGCAGCAGCAGAAGAUGGACGCCUGAAGAGAGGGGAUCAAAUCAUUGCUGUGAAUGGGCAGAGUUUAGAAGGGGUGACCCAUGAGGAAGCUGUUGCUAUUCUGAAAAGGACAAAAGGAACAGUCACUUUGACUGUUUUGUCAUGAGCUGGCUACCUGAAGGUGUAGGGUCAAUAAGACUGUUAUUUACACUCCACAUAGCAAAGAGAAUGGAAAUGUUUAUGUAGCCUUCUUGCUUUUUCAGCUUCACAGAACUGUGUUACAACACUGAAGAAUAACAACAUUUAACCACAUUUUUGUAUACAAUAGAAAUAUUUCUCUUACUGUCAAGCCGCUGGGAUGAAGUUAUGUCAGCUGUGUAAAGACAUGGAUAUUUUUCUUAUUAGUGUUAUACUGAAUGCUUCUCAGUCACCAGGGGAAAAAAAAAAAGAAAGAAAGGAACGUUUGCAUUAAUAACCACACAGCAAAACUGGAAUGUUCUGCUAAGAAGCUUUGGAUAUUUGAAAUAUGUUGGAAAAAUGAUAAAGUCAACAAGGGGGUGGGAAGAGUGGCAAUAGUCAGAAAACAGAAAAAAGGUUAUUGAAGAAAGCAUUAGCAAAAUAUCAACCUCUACAAAAAGAAGAAAUAGUAUGUAGUCUGGAGGCAGAUUAUUAAUGUAUUUACGUGGUUAUUUGUGUUAUUUCGCAAUAUCCAAGUAGGAGGACCUGAGUGGGUGGCUUGGGUGGGUUUUUUUU